GAAGAACCAAAGAAGAAGAGAAAAUAGAAGGAAAGAUGGGUCAUGUUCGAGGACCUUUCGCGUACAAGAAGAUGGAAACUGAAGACCCGGAUGAGAGAAACCAUAGGAGGGCGCAGUUCUUGAUCUAUAAAGUGCUUGAGAGGGCUGAUGCCGAGGCUCGGCAAUCCUCCACAAGAGCUAAUUAUUUCCUCGGAGUCAGAUUCUGCAAACUGAAGGUGAAGAUUGGGAAGAGGCUGAAGCGUUUGAGGAAGAGGAUGUUUAUGAUGAUUUGGAAGGCCAGAGUAGCUGUCUACAAGCAGAUCAUGAAGCAGCUGAGGAACCUGAAAACUCUCCCAUACAUUUUCAUGUAGACAGAUUCCCCAAAGUUUACCUUCUCAUGCUUUUUCAUUCCUUUCCUCUUUCUUUUAAUCCCCCUUCGCUUUUUUUCCCUGGAAAAUCAAGGAGGUCAGAGAAGAAUAGAGAGAAAUGAGAUGUGGUGUAUUGGCAAGUACUAUCACUCAGCAAUUAAAAGAUUUCAAGUUCGACUUUCAUUAGUGGAACUUUCCGAGCCUAUUUAUUUUGUAUUUCCCUUUCUCUUUACAAGACCCACAAAUCUCUUGUAUAAAUAGAAGA